UCGGAAAUCAAAGCGUAAAAGAGGGAGUAAAUAUCCAAUUACCAUCUGAUAAAUAACCAGGAAACUGUGACAAAAAGUAAAUAUUCACCCCCAUUUAGUGUUUGAGUCCAGCGAUGCGUGCGCGUCCGUGGACCUUGAUCGUGAACGUCAGGAGUUACUGAUAUCCACGGUGUGCACCAGAAGACUAGAUCGAUUCUCUUCAGCACGGGUUUAAAGAUGAUCGACAAAUGCUCAGAUAGACUCAAAGACCCACGCUGGUUUUAAGCUACGAAACAUUACGGACUGUUACAGGCUACAGCUCCGCGUAAGACUGAAUGCAUUACUUUUAAUAAAGCAUUCUCCCGUUUUAUAAGACAACUUUUCGAUUUUAGGUUGUUGAUUAAAAAAAAACAGAUGCUGUAAACCAUGCUGUAAAUCUCAAAAGAAUGCUUAAAGACCCACAAAUACGCAGAUAAAUAAAUGAAUUAAAUACAUAAUGAUAAUGAUGAUUUUCUCUGGACCGGUGUAAUUUGUCAGUUCUCAUGCAUGCUUACUGUCUAUAUUUAAAAAGCCCAUCCUUGUUGAUGCUAUUGGACAGGUAGACCUCAUCGUCUCCACUCACCGUGCUCCAAAAAAAAAAAAAAUCAAAGACAUUUUUAAAACGCUUUAUGCACUGUUCGUAUUCAUGUCGAGGAUUUUUUAUUAUUAUUAUUUGUAACUGCAUCUUGGCACCAUCCAGCAGAAAUAUGAACGGGUAAAACCGGUCAUUCGAGUUGAGAGGCAAACAUAAAAUGCCUUUUUUUAUUGAGGAGGCAGAAGAUUUCGGCGCUCGGAUUCUUUGAUGAUUCGGAUGUUAAGAAAAAAAGUCCAGGAAAAGUAAUUGCUUGCUAUAAUAUAUACUCCGAUCAAUACUGGCUCAGGAGAGACGGGGAACCUAUUCUUACGAUUUAGGAACACGACGCGCGCCAAAGAUGAGCAUCUUCAACAGACGGGCGUCUCACUACAUCACCCUGCUUCUGAGCUUCACCACCGUCUUUCUUUUGUUCACCCAAAACCCGAUCGAAAACACCGCAGACUCCUUCGACGACUCGAUCUUUGAAGCCUCGUGCUCCUGUAAAUCCUGCGUCAUGGGCUUCAUGGACGACGACUGGUUCAUUUAUCGAUACGAUCCCAGCAUUGCACCUCUGCUGAACAGAAAAAACAGCGUGUUGCGUCGAGACACCUACAAAUGGUGGAGGGCUCUUCAACCAUCAACGCUCAGAGUCAACUACACGGAGGUGGUGGAUCAGAUGUUUUCUCUCUUUCCUGAUGAAGAGCACUACUCGGACGCCGGUCCCGAUCGCUGCAGAACCUGCGCUGUGGUGGGAAACUCUGCGAACCUUCUGGGGUCCCAUUAUGGCUCUAUGAUAGAUUUCCACGAUGUCGUGAUUAGGAUAAAUAAAGGCCCGACAAAAGGUUACGAGAAGGACGUGGGUUCAAAGACGACUCACAGGAUUCUGUAUCCUGAGAGUGCCAUGGACUUGGACAACUCCACCCAUCUGGUGCUUUUUCCCUUUAAGAUUCGCGACAUGCAGUGGCUCAUAAGCACCUUCACCACUAGGCACAUCAAACGUACCUACAUGCGAGUCAAACCUUCAAUCCAAGCAGAUGAGAAUAAGGUGAUGGUGCUCCACCCUGCUUUCAUUAAAUACGUCUAUGAGAAAUGGCUUCUGAAACAUGGCAGAUAUCCAUCUACUGGCUUCAUUACUAUAAUAUUUGCCCUGCAUAUCUGUGAUCAGGUGAACGUCUUUGGCUUUGGGGCUUCAAGCACCGGAACCUGGCAUCAUUACUUUGACAAAAGCCGCACUCACUAUAAAGGGGGCCCUCACGGUGGAGACUUUGAAAACAAAACUAUGCAUCAGCUUCAGCAGAGAAACAAGAUUUCAAUAUAUAAAGGGUAUAGAUAAGAAAAAACACACAAUGAACAGAGAUGUUCGGUUUAAUGUGUUAACAAUUUAACAACCCAUUCAUUUAAAAGUACGUUUUGGGCAGCGAUGAAGUCAUUUUGUCUACAUCUUUAUUGGCAAAAAAUACAUAACUUUCUUGUGGCCAAGAGUUUCAAGGGUUAACAAACAGCUUUGCUACAGUUAUGCAGGUUUUAGACUAAAUAUAAAGGGAUAAAUGAGAGUUAUAUUCAAUGAAGGAUCUUAAAAUUGAUUAUAUAGCUACAAAAUGAAUGUAAUGAAAGGUAAAAAUAUUUAUUUUAACUAGGGCAGGUAAGCGAUUAAAAGUUUUUAUCUAAUUAAUUACAGAUUAAUUGCACGUCAAAUAUUGCUGAGAAAUUACUUCUAAAAGAUCAUUUAUUUGUUGUUUUAAAGCGUCAAGCGAACAUUACGGCAACUAGCUUCAGCAAGAAAUAUUUUGUUUGAUAAAAUGUAUAACAUAUACACUUUUAGACUAUGAAUGUAAGUCAAUGAUGACACAAUUGUCAUUUUUGGUUGGGUAAACUAUACUUUUUAUAAUUUAUUUUAUUAUUAUUAUUACUAUGGAAAUGUAUGUAUGUAUGAAAUUGUUUAUUUAAUAAAAUUAUACUCUAAAUAAUAAACGAAAACUGCCAGCAGGUGCUGGUAAAGUCAUCGAGUCAUUUAUUCAUUUAUUUGAUUCAUCCAAAUGGAUGAUUCAUUCAGGAGUGAAGUUCUGAACAGAACACAUUCAGGGCUUUUCAGAGAUAACAAAUGUUUGGAAGUUUCUCUAUAACAUAUAAAUUAUUUAGUGAAAAAAUGUACAACUUUAUGAUAAUAUGGUUAUAUUUUGUAAUUGUCAUUUAAAUCUAAAUCAUUUUCAAAUUGUUUGUCAUAAAGCAACA